GCAACACAUAUAAAACCUUACAAGGUAAGAAUUCCUCUACACUACAAAAGUACUAGCAAAAACCAAAGCUAGCUUCCAACCCUCAAUGGAUUUCCUUGAAUAUUUUUUCCUUUUCUUCACAACUCUUUUCGUUACUUAUUUUAUAUGGUUCAUCAUAUAUAGAAGGACAACAACAUCAGCACCAACAAAUUGGCCAAUCCUUAGGGAGUUGCCGGCAGUUAUUGUGAAUCUUUAUCGUAUCCAUGAAUACAUGACUGAAGUUCUUAUAGAAUAUGGUGGCACUUAUGAGUUCAAAGGUCCUAGUUUUGUCAAUUUGGACAUGUUUUUUACUUGUGAUCCUGCAAAUAUCCAUCAUAUCUUUAGUAAAAACUUCCCAAACUAUCCAAAAGGACCCGAAUUUCGUAAAAUAUUUGAUAUUUUGGGAAAUGGGAUCUUCAAUGUUGAUGAUGAAUUAUGGGAACUUCAUAGGAAGACCACAAUGUCCAUAAUGGGCCAUGCAAAGUUCCAAACUUUGUUAGAGAGGACCAUGUGGGACAUUAUUGAUAAAGGCGUUCGACCAAUUCUUGAUGCUUUCGCUGAACAAGGCAAAACAUUGGAUUUGCAGGACGUUUUGCAAAGAUUCACCUUUGAUUCUAUCACCAAGUUGUUACUUGAUCAUGAUCCAAGAAGUUUGUCCGUUGACUUGCCUUAUUUGCGAUAUGAAAAGGCGUUCGGCGAUGCUCUUGAUGCACUUCUACACAGACACAUAAUCCCAGAAUGUCUCUGGAAAUUACAAAAAUGGCUGAGAAUUGGUAAAGAGAAGAAGCUCAUUCAAGCACGCGAGGCUUUUGAUCAAUUCAUAUAUCCUUGCAUUUCGCGUAAGCUAGAAGAGUUGAUGCACAAAAGUACAAUUAAAGACGAGGAAUUCGCAUUUUUAACCACUUAUAUCAAAAUGUACAAUCAAUGGAAAGAUGGAGAUUUGGGUACUUUGCAAACAUUUCUGAGGGACACUUUCUUGAAUUUGGUGUUUGCUGGAAGGGACACCACAAGUGCAGCUCUCACUUGGUUUUUCUGGCUCUUGGCUGAAAAUCCCACAGUAGAGACAAAGAUUAGAGAAGAGAUUCAACAACAAUUGCAUGUAAAAGAAGAUGAAAAACUCAAGUUUUUCAACAAAGAAGACUCGAGAAAAUUGAUCUAUUUACAUGGUGCUUUGUUGGAAACUCUUAGGUUCUUUCCAUCAGUUUCUUUAGAGAACAAAUAUCCACUUGAUCAUGACAUCCUUCCAACCGGUCACCGUGUUAGUCCAAAAACAAGAAUAAUUCUUCCAUUCUACACAAUGGGGAGAAUGGAGACUCUAUGGGGAAAAGAUUGUCUAGAAUUCAAGCCAGAGAGAUGGAUUUCAGAACGAGGAGGGAUCAAACAUGAGCCGUCUUUCAAAUUUCCAGCGUUUAAUGCGGGUCCAAGAACUUGUUUAGGAAAGGAAAUGGCGUUCAUUCAGAUGAAAAUAGCGGCAGCCACCAUCAUACACAAUUACAAUAUCCAAUUAGUGGAACCAGAAAAUAUUUGUCCCACUACUUCUAUUAUCAUGCAAGUGAAAAAUGGUCUGAUGGUGAAGGUUGUUAAAAGGGUAUAGCACAUGCGUCUAUAUAUGUCUUAUGUAAGUGGAAUAUAUCCUCAGCUCUUUAAGAAAAUCCUAAUAAAAUUGUUCUCUUGUUGAC